CAAUUUCUACACUACUACCAUAUUUUAACGACCAGUCAAUUAGUGAAAAAAUAAAAUAAUAUACAUACAUAAAUACAAGGACUUUCUGCUGUUUAAAAACAUAAUUUAAAGUAUACUAAUGUACAUACAUACAUAUAGUAUAUUCAUAGUUUUUGUGUACAUAAUCGGAAGUGCAUUUUUUCGUGUGGGUCACAUAAGCAAAAAUGGAGUAUUUUAUAUCUAACGAAGAUAAUCUACUUGAUAUAUGUACAUACAUUUUCUCAAUCUAUGUAUAUGUACUACAUAAAUGAAGAGCAUAGAUGCUGAAGCAUAUAUAAGUUGUUGUAUGUGUAUGAGUACAUAUGACCGUAUUUAUGAAGCACGUGAUGUGAAAAGAUACACAGUAAAGUGUGUAUUUGAGUAUUAUAUAAAUAACAUCUCACAGUUAACCGUUUCCAACCAAGGUUGAUAACCAUUAUCAAAAGUGUGCAAUACAAACUGAAUGUUUCGGUGUUACUUAUUUUUAACUUUGGAUGAUUGGGGAGUGCAGGAGCGGUUCAUCCAUCAUUGUAAGAGGCCUUAUGUAUAAAAACUGUGCACUAUUAUAUGUUGCAGAAGAAAUAAGUAACUGCCAAUUAUUGUAGCUUCACCACAAAACUGUUUGGCUGUACAACAUAUGUAUUUGGUUUGCAGAAUCAAUUUAUUUCGGCGAAAUUGCCGUUUAAUAAUUAAAUUUAAUAUUGUUAUGUUGAACUUGCAUUCAUGUCACAAUGAAAUUGAGUGUGAGUGCGUAUCGCGCGCACGCAUCAGCACACAAAAAAAUUCUUUCGAGCGGUUACCAUUCGCAACUCAACUACGGCAGCACAGGUGCGGCGGUUUCUUCUUCUGCUGUCUUACAAAUGGCGGACCCGGCCGAAAACGCAAUGUCAGUCUCCAAAGAUCGCCAUGGAAUCGAAUGCAAUAGUGACACAGAUAUCGUGAGCCCAUCUGGUACGAGUAGCUCCGAGCGGGAACGAACUGGCACUAUAAGAAAAACGCAACAACAUGGAAGUAUCAAUGAUAAUGAUAGUAAUGCUCAUUAUUCCGACUUUAAAAGUUCCACACAAAACAAAUCAGAUAUCAGCGAAAAAAAUUUGGACCUGGAUGCUGACUGGAAUCGAUCCAAUCAGCGAUGGAUGAAGCUCAGAACAACUGUCCAAAUAUCAUCAGCGAUACAGAAAAAGCCACCAUUAAAACGGGAGGACUCCUUUUUAAAGCGAUUCUCUACGCGGCAAAUUCCAGAAACUCAGGAAACGGUCGAAGACACUGGGUCGGAGAGCGCCUUUGGAGAAUCUAAUAAAAGUACAAAACGUCGGCGUCGAUUUUUGCAAAAGCGGCGAUCUGUUGUUAAUCCAGAUGAAAACUUUUAUUUCUAUUGGUUAAUGAUACUAACUGUUUCUGUUUUAUACAAUUUAUGGGCUCUUAUUGUGCGACAAAGUUUUCCUGAAUUGCAGCAAGCUGUUCCUAUUUUUUGGUUUGUUUGUGAUACACUCACGGAUGUUGUUUUCGUAUUCGAUAUAGUUGUCCAACUACGCACAGGAUAUCUCGAACAAGGACUGAUGGUUUACGAUGAUAAAAAAUUAGCACUUCAUUACAUUCAUUCUAGAGAUUUCUUCUUGGAUAUGAUAUCAUUGAUUCCCCUGGAUUUGAUACAACUCAAAAUCGGUGCAAAUCCUCUUCUACGGUUUUCAAGAUUUUUUAAGGUGUAUCGAUGUGUAAAAUUCUAUUACAUUGUUGAAAGUAGGACGGUUUGGCCAAACUUAUGGCGAGUUAUAAACUUAAUUCAUAUUCUUUUAAUUUUGGCGCAUUGGUUUGGGUGUUUUUAUUAUCUAUUAUCGGAAGCUGAAGGAUUUCAGGGAGACUGGGUAUAUCCUUACAGACCAGGAGAUUACGCGACAUUGACUAGGAAGUAUCUAGGUAGUCUUUAUUGGUCUACGCUUACUUUAACUACAAUUGGAGAUUUACCAACCCCCGAAACAAAUGCAGAACCAAAUUUUUCAGUGGACGGCCCAAGAUCUAUACCAAGACGUGGUAUACGAUCUAGAUUACUGCAAUUCGGUUCCAAUUAUGGGUAUAUUUUUACAAUUGUCAGCUAUCUUAUUGGAGUUUUCAUUUUUGCAACCAUUGUCGGUCAAGUUGGAAAUGUGAUAACUAAUCGUAAUGCUAACCGCCUGGAAUUCGAACGCUUGCUGGAUGGAGCUAAGACAUACAUGCGUCAUCAUAAGGUUCCAGGUGGAAUGAAAAGACGCGUGCUCCGUUGGUACGACUACAGCUGGUCUAGAGGACGUAUCCAAGGAGGAGGUGAUAUAAACACAGCUUUGGGUUUAUUGCCGGACAAGCUGAAAACAGAACUAGCGUUACAUGUUAACUUGAGUGUCUUAAAAAAAGUCACUAUAUUUCAAGAGUGCCAACCAGAAUUUUUACAUGAUUUGGUAUUGAAGAUGAAAGCAUAUAUAUUUACACCAGGAGACUCCAUUUGCCGUAAAGGUGAGGUAGCCAGAGAAAUGUUUAUAAUAGCUGAUGGUAUACUGGAAGUGCUCAGUGAAACCGGUAAAGUGCUAACGACAAUGAAGGCUGGCGACUUUUUCGGCGAAAUCGGAAUUCUGAACUUGGAUGGCCUUAAUAAGCGUACGGCUGAUGUACGCUCAGUUGGUUAUUCUGAAUUGUUUUCAUUGUCGAGAGAAGAUGUACUCGCCGCUAUGAAGGACUACCCGGAAGCACAAGAAAUUUUACAAACUCUUGGACGGAAGCGGCUUAUGGAAGUUCGAUGCGUAAAUAAGAAGUACGCGAAAGCACAAUGUAAUAAUGAGCAAUCGGAUCAUCCACAUGUAUAUAGCAAUAUUAAUCGAAGCGAUAGUAGCGAAAAUAGUGCCUCAAAAAAAAUUGUGUACAAAUUAAGAAAAGAUGUUAAAGGAAUCCGAAGUAUGCUUAAAAAGACAAGGACCCGAAGAAGUGAUGAAUCGUUAGAGAUGCAGCCGCUGCAAGACACUUUAAAUAAAGGCAAUAAAACAACUUUGAAGCGAAUGUCACAUGUACGUUCUGAAGAGAAGGAGGAAAAAAAAGAAGAAAAAACGCACCAAGACAAAACACCUAGUCCAAUUGGUGCCGGGCUACCGUUACUCCAAAGGCUGAGAUUACUCAAAGAAAAACAGGAUCGCGAAGAGAAAGCGGCAAAGGCAAUCACUCCUCAGAUAUCUCCCCCACAUGUUCAUAUUGCCAAUGCACUAUCGCCACAGGAAUCAAUCCAAGAAGAACCGGAGACUGAAGUAAACGAAGCACUUCCGCUAAUGCAAAGACUACAAAUGUUAAAGAAUAAACAGGAAACGAAAGCCAGUGACGUGAAGCUUACAGUUAAACCAACUUCAACUGUGUCUUUAAAGCAAAAAAUACAAAUGCUUAAUUUCGCUGGAGUGACAAAGACAGAUACUAUGGAUAAUAAGUCGAAAGACGAUAAAUUGGCCACUGAAGACCAAAAGCAGACUCCAAAAACACUUGACGUGCAGAAAUAUAUUAAACACGACCUAGGUGCAAUUAAUAAAUCGCCAAAGGCGGUAACAGGAAAGUCAUUGAAACUCAUAAAACCGUCCAUAAACACGUCAACAGAACGCUCAGAUAGUGAUAUGUCGAUUAAGCCAUGGUCCAAACUUAAGUUAGCGACGAUAAUGUCAACAAGUUCUAAUAAUUUAGCGAAAUCUUCACCAGGAGAUUCAGACGUUGAAGUAAAAACAUGUUCAUCAAAUGAAACACCCCAAACGCCUUCUCAAGGGACAGCUGUAUUUACAUCCACAACACCAUCGACAAAUACUUUACAUUCUGUAACUGCGACCACUCCAAAUACAAAGCCUACAGAGCAAAUAAAGAUUUUAGAAAAUGUACGGAAGCACUCGAAAAUUGUAGCGACAAAUCAUUCCAACGAAAGCAGAAAAUCGUAUCACUCUGUUUUUGAUUUAUCGCCCGAAUAUAGUGGAUUACCAUUUGUAAAGCGUCUAAAAAUACUGAACGAACGUCAGAAGUUAGAAGAACUUGAAAAAGCACUACAAAUGCGAAGUUUUAGCUUAGACAGUUCUAAAAUAACUAGCCAACUCGCAGUGCCAGAACCGUUGUAUCGAUGCUUCAGUGAUGUUUCUGAAAUGUACUCGCAAUUUUUUACAGCUUAUGAAUCAAGUUCAUCUAAUUCGACUAACACAUCUCUGUCAAAUAACAACAAUGAGAGGAAAGACAAAUAUAUACCGCCUGCCUAUUUACCUCUUAGUCCCGAACAAAAUGAAACUUCUGAACGCCGAAAGUUGAAGUGUAUUUUACAGAAACUCCGUCACAAUUCAGAAGAAUGUAAAAGUGCUUUUCAAAAUGAAAAUGAAGACUCGUGCGUGACGGAAAAGCCCAACAAGAAAUUACUAAGAGAACCGACAUUAGAAGGGUAUGUGGCUAGACAUAGUAUGCUAAUGAAAAGUAUAACGAUCAAACCAACUCUUUCUAGUCCACCCAACAGCGCUCACAGAUCUAAUGAAGAUGAACAGUAUGAAGCCUUGCGAACGACUAGUGGAGCCGAAGAUAAACACGUAAACAUCUCUCACGCGCCCAUAAUUUCCGCUUUUGGAUGGGAUAAAUGCCCUGAAAAUCGAGUAUCCAGUGGCACUCAUAUAAAAGCGGUCUCAAAACGACGAAAUACUAUUCAACUUAAUAACAAUGUGAUGCAAUAUGAUCCCUGUCCAUCUUACACUAAUCAACGUACAACAAAACGGUUCAAGACAAUUGGGGAUUCGUUGAGAACAGGAGAUAUCCUCAACGUGGAGGAGAAUUUCAAUCGUGUUUGGAGUGAAAUUAAUGAUGUAAUUAAGGAUCAGAUUACAGAAAUGCAUUUAAAAUUCGAAUUACAAUUUUCGGUAAUGGCCCGAGAAGUAAGAAAGCGCGAUGAAAUUAUUGCAAAUCUUCAGUCAAAAAUUAAAAAUAUCGAAUUAAAAACAUCCUCGCCACGAAGAAAAACUGAACUUACACGUGAUAAGCUUAGCAAAUUAUGGGUUGAUGCAGAUCUAGAGUCAGAGGACCAUGCCAGCUCCAGUUCAUCAGCAGAACUUCUUUUUAUGCGCGGAGACUCAUUGGAUACGGUUUUUAUGUCAUCUCCACCACAAGUUCAACGACACAGUUCUUCGUCGAUAUUUAAUAAUGUUUGCAAAGACUCUUCAGGACACAUUUCUUCACGAAGUUUGUACAAAAAUAAAUCGGAAGAGAAUAUUACAAUGGGCAAGCAACAAAAGAGAAAUUAUGUUGUUUCUGUGUCAGAUCUCACCGGAAACUUAAACAUGCAAGAUAGUGUAGUUCUAGACAUUGGUGAUAGUUCGAGCUCGAGUUCUUCUUCUGGCAAAUUGAAUGUUAAGUAUGAAGACAUAGAGCAAAAAAAUGUGAAAGACAAUGUAUUCGCACAUGUGCAUCACAACGAUUGGGAGGUAAAAAUGCUUGCUGCGGAGAUGGAUAAACAAGAGAGAAAACGUGCGAACUCCACUGAUUUUAAGUGUAGUAAUUCAAUUUUAAGAAGACGUCGAAAAUUUAGUGAUACUGAAGCAGAUAUUAGUGAAACAGAUCCCGAAAUUGAACCCUUCUCUUUACCCAGACCUAGAGCUUCAAGUUUAGACCAAUUCAAUUUAAGAUACGGCAUCGGAAAAGAGAUUUUUAAAGCAAUUAGUAUCGAUCGUGAUAAAAACAAACUUUGAAAUUUGCCAAUAUAUUAUCUAGGGUUACGUUAUACACACAUAUGUUCAUAAAAUACGAAAAGUUGGAAUGAAAAUGUGGAAGAUUACAAAAAAACAAAGAUGUCAUAAGCGCAAAAAGUCGACAAAUGUUGUCAAAAUAUAGAUUCGAAAAUGUUGGCAAUGUAACAUACAUAGAUAUUGUACAAUAUAUUUGUGCGAACAAGUGAAUCUAUUUUGUAUACUUUUUAUCUGAGUAUUGCAAUUCCCUUUGAUUAUUAUUUUUUACUGAACACCAACACCAAACUUCCCGUAUAAUCUUUUAACAGCAACCAUAUUUUUAAUUUUAUCUAUUUUAUCACACAAUGAAAUGAUUAUAGUUACCCCUUUCUGUUUAAAAAUAUCAUCUGCGACUUCUUUCAACUUGUAUAAGAGGGUCAGUGACUUGUAAACCUAUUAUUAUGCACCAAAGUCUGAAAAUAUUGACUCAGAGCAAGUGAAUAUCUGAACAGUUUUAACCCUAGAUAAUAAUAUUGUAAUCCCCACAUAUAAGUUUAAGAUUAUCUCAGGAACAUAAAUUUCUUUAAAAAAUAAUCUCUUUUUAAACUUGAAAACCCUUAAAUGCCUGUAAUUUAACAAAUUUUAUAUUUCUCAUAUUAAAAGAAAAGUAUCCAUACAAAGAUACAUGUGUCAUAAAAGCGUAAACCUCACUGAGAAAUAAUGCAUUGAUAUUUUUCAGCCAAUACAUAAAAAAUUAAAUAAAUGCAGGCAAGCAUUUUUUGAGACAUAGCGUAUGCUUUAGUCUUCAAUUAUUUUUAUAAUACGAGUACCAAAGCAAAUUCUAAAUCUGUCGUCACAAUCACAAGACGUUAUAUCUCUUAAUGACACAUAAUUCUAGUAUACAUAUAUAAAACAUUAUUAAAUGAUGUUUAAAUUGUUUGAUUAUUUAAUCAAUUUUAUUCCAAGAUGUUUUUCAAUACUAUAAAAGUACCCUAAAUAAGGCCAAUAUGGGACUUUACCCAAAGCUCAAAGUUUCAAAAUAUCGUACUUCUACCUAUUUUAAUUUAUGUUGGAAACUUUUGUCCGUAUUUAAGUAUGGUACCAAGUAUGCUUUUAACACCUUCAGAAUAUUUUGAAAUUAAAUUUUAAUAAUAUUAACACUCUUAUUACGAAAUGCUGGUAGAUUAUAAGAAAUAUACAAGGUCUGUCGCAAAAGAAACAGAACUUUUUAAAUAUAACUGUUUCUGGUGGCGCCACCUAUUGGUAUGAUGGGUAUAUGAAAUAAAAAGUUUGAUCUCUUGUUGACAUUUCGUAAAAAUUUUGAGACAAUUGGAUAACUACAAUCGAUGUUAUCGAUCAAAAAGUGACAGCAGUUUUUGGUCAUCGGUCGUAAAAUGUAUUUUGAACAAAGAGCAAAUAUUAAAUUUUGUUUUAAACUUGGGAAAACGUUUACUAAAACAUUUCAAAUGAUGAAAAAAGUUUAUGAUGAUCAGUGCCUAUCCCGUAGUAAUGUGCAUGACUGGUUUAAGCGAUUCCAAAAAGGUCGUGAGGACCUCUGAGACGAUCAGAAAUCGGUCGUCUUCACAAGUCAAAAAUAAAGACAAUGCUGAUUUGUUUUUACGAUUCCGAGGGUAUUGUACACCGAGAGUUCGUCCCACCUAGCCAAACGAUUAAUGCUGUGUUUUACCUUGGUGUUAUUAAGCGUCUUUUGUCACGCAUUCGUCGUGCUCGACCACAAUACCGUGAGGCAGGGCCCUGGCGCCUGUUGCACAAUAAUGCGCCGUGUCAUCGGUCGACGCUUGUCACUGAUUUUUUGACAAAAAACUCCAUAUUAACCAUUACUCACUCAGCCUACUCACCUGAUCUGGCACCCUGUGAUUUUUACUUAUUUGGAAAACUUCAUUUGUCCAUGAAAGGACACUGGUUUCACGACAUUUCAGCUAUCCAAAAGGCGACGACCGAUAUUCUCAAGAGCAUUCCGAAAAAAGACCUUAAACACUCAUUUGAAAUGCUAAUUGACCGGGCUAAACGCUGUAUCGAAGCACAAGGAAACUAAUUUGAAUAAAAAAAUAUAACUUUUGAAAAAUAUUAAUUUUUUGUUGUUUUUUUUUAACAGUCCUGUUUCUUUUGCGACAGACCUUGUAUAUAUUAUGCAAAUAACAACCCUAAGUUUUGGGAAGAGUUGGUGAAAAUAUUUGGCAACAUUGCUCAAAUUUUAAGCAGACAUCGUAAAAAGAACGUAAGGAAACGAAAAACAAUGACAUUUGUUGCAAUUUAAAAUUGUAGUUGUUUUCCGCAGAAUUGUAUGCAUUUUUAAAUUUGUUGUGAAAUUACUAAAUUUCCAUGAAUUUUGUCAAUUUUUCAUGUUGAUAAUGUUGAUAUUUUAAGGAAUCCGAAAUUUUUUAACUAUCAGUUUAUAUUAAUGCAACAUUUAAGUAUAAUUGUUACAAUUAUAAAAUUAUUUUAACGAUAAUAAUGCUUUCAUAAAUUUAAAUAAUAAAAAUAUUACACUAUAAAAAAGGGCGAAAGUAAAAAUUUCAGAUAGUGUUUAAAGAGCAGCCACCAAUUUGGUAAAUUAUUCAGUUAGAAAGUUAGUUCGUAAAUAAGUAAAAAGUAAAGUACGCAUUUCUUUUAGAUAUACAACGUAUUCAAACUUUAAAAUUCGCAAAAUAAUGUAAACAAAUUCUUGAGCAGUUGCUGGAUUUCGAUACGUCUACUUACUACAAUAAAGAUUUAUUAUAGUGAAAUUAAUAAUCAGCUAACUUAAAGAGAAAAUUCAGAACCGAGGUCCGAAAAUCCAAGUGGCAAAAGUUAAAUGUAUAUUUGUGAAUGAUUUGAGUAAAAAGUGAAAUAGUACAUAAUGCCUUAUCCGACAUUACCAUUUUUUUAUACAAUUAAUUUACAUACAGACAGAUAUAAUACAAUUAUUUAAUAAAUUAACAGUUUAGAACGAGAACCAUGAAACUAAAAGUUAACAUAAGUACAAUACAAUAUAAUUAAUCAGAAGGUCACAAGUCGUGCUAUUUACGGCGUUCUUUUCUCAUUGCAAUUUUUUGUAAAAGAGAGCUUUGUAGCAAAGUAUAUUGAAAUAAUAUUUGAAUAAUUUUGGACUAACUAAUUGGUGGUACAUCACAUUCAAAGGUUAAAUUUUUCAACAGUCCUUUUGGAUAGUAAUCCAAAGAUAUAGAACGACUUGUGAACUUCAUAAAUAUGUUACACACGUAAUUGCACCUUCGACCACACUCAUAAUUACUGUUUUUUUUUCUAUAUAUAUGUAUAUAUAUUCUAACUAUUUUCUAUAUAUUUAGUUUUGCCAGAAUUUGAAAAACUAAUUUAAAAAAAUUAGGAUGUUUUUUUAUAUUAUUUUAUAAUUGUACCUAGUAUAUAAAAAUAAAAUACGAACAACAGUUCUUGUCUAAUUAAUUAGAAGAAAUACUUAAAAUCUAAAUGUUAAGAAAUACAUUUGCUGCUACUGUUAUCUUACUAGCUCAGAAGGCUUCUUAUGUUUCAACCGGAUUUCUCGCCCAGCAGUUUCGAUGAGUCUGUAGGCUUCCUCAUUAACGUGCUGUCGAAGUUUCGGUUUGUGAGACUUUGCAAUUUUGGAGAUUUCAUUUGCCACUGAAUUCACGCCUAGAUCACGGUGCAGGUUAGCAGAUUUAGCGUACUAAAGGGCAUUAACUAAAGUCCUUAGUACCUUACUUUGAAAGCGCUGAAUGCUCGCAAUACAGCUUUGGCUUGAGCAACCCCAUAGUUGGGCUCCGUAGGCCCAAACUGGCUUUAGAACUUGAUAAUAUACUAACUGUUUUGAAUUGAUAGAGUGGAUUUCCUGCCAACUAGGUGGUAAAGUUUAGCAAAUUUCAUAUUAAGCUCGCAGCUUUUUUUGACAUGCUCUUUCCAGCGUAGCUUAGCAGGUGAUACCUAGGUACUUAGCACUGUUAUGAUGUGGAAUAGGAAUAUUAUUUAUAUAAAUCGGACAAUAUGUCGGAUUAUUAGAAUGUUCGUUGGAGAAGGUUCAUACAAUUCUAAUCGUUGCACAAAUACAGUCUAAAAUAACAGAGAAAUUUUAAUUAUUAUAAUACUGUAGUCAACUAGUCUUAUUCUUAUGCUCUUCUCCAAUAUUAAAGCGCUAAAAAGUGCAAAUGAAGGAAAUAUAAAAACUCUCACAGUUAACCUGUCUCUAAAUAUUUACAGAAAAUAACCGAAGACCUGCAAUUCUAUGAAAUUUAGAGCAUAGAACCUUGCUAUAGAAUUAGAAAAAUUAAAGUUACCUAGAUGAAAAAUUAUAACGUUUUUUUAUUCUGAGGUCCAGCAUUAUUCAGCUUAUACGAAUUUGUCGUAAGAAUAUUUCUUCAAGGUUUGGUACAAAAAUCUAUUAACAUACAUAUUUAUCAACGGUCACCAACAUAGUUUAUUUGCUACAAAAUCUUGCCUACAAAAAAGGGAUUUUUAAAAGAUUAUUUCCCUUAAUGUAAAAGCUAUGGAAGUAUUUUACGAAUAUCCUGUUGUUAAAGGAGAAACGAGUUGUAAGCCGUAUAUUUUACUUUACUUUACUUUGGGUAUAGACCUCAAACACAAAUAGUCAGUCGAAAAUAUUUCUUCUAUCUUACUUAAAUUUUUUCCUUUCAUUUUAAAAUACCCAGCAUAAGCCAAUAAAAUCAAAAUUAAGGACCCAAAGCAAAUUCUCAAACAAAAAAGUAAAAUCUAAGUUGUGUAAUCUAUACAAAAGUAAAAUUGUAUCUAUUUUAUGUACUUCUUCACAUAAAUCUAAAAGGCAAUAGAAUAUUUCAUUUGAAGUUCUACGUAUAUAAUGUCAUCGCUUAACUAGUAGCUUUCUGGCAAGUUAGGUUAUGUACUUUAAUUGAAGCUCAAUGAAAUAUUUGUAUACAAGCAUUCAUACAUUUGUAUGUAAAUUUUUGAUUAUUAACAAAAAGCAAUGUAGUUACUUUUAGAUUUUAAUUAUGUAGUACAAAAUAAAUAAUUAUAUUAUUAAAUAAUAUAUUAGAAUUAGCGAAAUUUUUAGUAAGGAUGCCGAAUAAUUUACUACGCUUUUUGAUUACCUCUAUUUUGGAAUUAUACAUACAUACGUAUAUAUACAAAUAAUAUAUAUAUAUUACGCAAACGAAAAUAAAAAAUAUCAAAAAAUAUAAAAAAGUAUAUGAUUACUAGAUAUUAUAAAGCUGUUAGUGCCAAAUGAAAUUGGCAAAACUGGCUCUGCAUCAGAACCAAUAACCAUUGAGAUGCCAAUUAAAAAUAAUUACAUGACCUUAGUUUAAAGUACUUACAUAAGUUUAUGCAUAAAUACUAAUUACAUGUUUGCAUAAUAAAGUUAUCGUCAAGUGAGCCAAAUUUAUUGUAUUUAUAAAAAUAUAUUUUAAUUAGAAAUCAGUAGGAAUUUGUAAGAUUUUAAUUAUUUACUGAAGUUAUACUGGAAUAGCGUUUAGUAUUCCAGUAAUACAUUACAUUGUAGAAGAAAAUAGUUACACGGAAAUAAAAUACUUUAGGAUAAUGUAUAUUAGAAUCCACCAGGAAUACCAAAUUACAAAAGAUAAACUUAAAUAUUAAUUACAAUCGGCGGAUGAAUUUGAAUACUAGAAAUUUAUUGUAACUAUUUAAUAUGUAAGAAUUAGUAAUGUAAAUACGAGUUACUUUAUUUUGUGAAGUAUUAUGAUGUAAAUAUAAAAACUAGGAUAUUGAAAACUGACAGCUUUAAUAACUUAUAGUAAAAUUAUGAAAACAUAUUCAAAACCAAUAUGCACAGUGUGUAAACCUUUACUUUCAGUAUUACAUAUUCACAAUAAAAUUUUCUAUAAAAUGUU